GGAGAGCGCGCAGAGCCCAGCCGAGCCCAGCCAGCGCCGUCGGGGCUGCGCCGCCCGCCCCAGCCGGGCUGCGGCCGCUCCUCGCCCCGGGGCCGGCCCUCCGCGGAGCCAGGCACAGAAAAUGGGUAAUAACUGAAGAUGACCUCACAGCAGGAAAGUGAGAUCAGAUUGGCAAUGCGUCAGUGAGUGGCAUGAUUGAAGACAAGACAAAAAGCAGGCUACUGCAAAAGGUGUGAACUUCAUAUUUUCUUCCUGAAACCAGGUUAGAGCUGAAGAAAUCAAGAUGAUUCCAAAUUACUCUACUGAAGAAACAGUUAAAAGAAUCCAUGUCGACUGUCCCGUUUCGGGAAGGCACAAUUACAUCUACAUUAUGGUUCCAACUGUUUACAGCAUCAUCUUUAUCAUAGGCAUAUUUGGGAACAGCCUGGUCGUUAUUGUCAUUUACUGCUACAUGAAAUUAAAAACAGUAGCCAGCAUCUUUCUGCUAAACCUGGCACUGGCUGACUUGUGUUUUUUAAUAACUCUGCCGCUCUGGGCAGCCUACACAGCCAUGGAGUACCAGUGGCCAUUCGGCAACUGUUUAUGUAAGUUAGCAUCAGCAGGGAUAAGUUUCAACCUGUACGCCAGCGUGUUCCUCCUCACGUGCCUCAGUAUUGACCGGUACCUGGCCAUAGUACAUCCAGUGAAGUCCCGAAUUCGACGUACCAUGUUUGUGGCCAGAAUAACUUGCAUUGCCAUCUGGCUUCUCGCCGGUGUGGCCAGUUUGCCCGUCAUCAUUCACCGCAACAUAUUCUUUGCUGAGAACUUGAACAUGACAGUCUGCGGUUUUCGGUAUGACAACAAUAACACAACGCUCCGGGUCGGAUUGGGUUUAUCCAAAAAUUUGCUGGGCUUUUUAAUUCCUUUUCUGAUCAUAUUAACAAGCUACACCUUAAUUUGGAAGACUCUGAAGAAGGCAUAUCAAAUUCAAAAAAAUAAGACUAGAAAUGAUGAUAUUUUUAAGAUGAUUGUGGCAAUAGUUUUUUUCUUCUUCUUUUCCUGGAUUCCUCAUCAAGUGUUCACUUUUCUGGAUGUACUAAUUCAAUUACAUGUAAUAACAGACUGCAAAAUCACUGAUAUUGUGGACACGGCUAUGCCAUUCACCAUUUGCAUUGCUUACUUUAACAACUGUUUGAAUCCUUUUUUUUAUGUGUUUUUUGGAAAAAACUUUAAAAAAUACUUCCUUCAGCUGAUAAAAUACAUUCCACCAAAUGUCAGCGCACAUCCAAGCCUAACAACAAAAAUGAGCUCCCUCUCAUAUCGGCCACCAGAAAAAUACACGCUUGCCCACUAAAAAGACUGCUGGGCCUUUCAACACCAAGUGAUGUGUUUUGCAAUAUACUUUUUUUGAACAACCUUGUGAACGAAGCAGCAAGAAUGACAAAAUUCAUCUGCAGUCCUGAACAUCACAGCUUACUGCUCAUUACAGAAACAUGAGAUCACCUCAGAGAAAUCAUGCUGUAAAGAUUUUAGCAGUGGCCUUUUCUUUUACAUUGUGAAGAGGACUGCUUGGUUUUCAUUUUGUUUUCCUUUACCGAAAACAACAUAAAUGGUGGACCGGCAUGGCAUAGUUUCUGUCAGCAUCCUGCCAUUUACUCGAACUACAAAAGAAGGGUACAGAAGACUCCUAAAUUCAGAGAUCUCUUUAAAGAAAAAGCUUGUAUAAAUUACAUGAAUGAUGAAAGACCUGUUUUGCACGUACAUGAGCUAUUCCAAAUUUUGUUCAAGGAGCUGGUGGAGCUACACUGCUUGUUUUGUUGUUUUUUUAAUGACAUAAAAGGCAUAUCAUUAUAUUUAGAACACAUUUUCAAAUAUAUGCUAUAUAGAGAGGCCCAAUUUUAAACUCAAAUGGAAAUUUAAGGUCCUUGAAAUUGGUCUCAUUCGAUUUAUGCUACUACUUUUCAUUUUUAAAAGUGGCAAAUUUUUCAUAAUAAUAUAUGCAAUAAAAUGCAGAUUUAUUUAUUAAAUAUAGAAGAAAUAUAUUUUUAGAUUUCUAUUCCUACUCAUAGAUUUCAAACAUUGUUUCAUAAAUGUACAUUUAUAUCCCAGUGGGUAUUUUUAUAGUAGUUUAAAAAAAAUAAACUAUAUAUAUAUAUACACACGCACCCCCCAAAAUGGGCUUCACUUAACCUUUCCUCAUAAUAUGCCACACUGACUUUGAAGAACAUUACUUAUGGAGUGGGUUGACUCCAUACUCUAUAUGGCUAAAAGUAAAAUUCUAUAUUUGAAAACAUGAGUUCUGGGACAGAGGUGAUUAGAAAACGUCAAACUAUUUCUGUAUAACAACCUGAGAGAUGUCUGAGAGAAAUUAGCAACUAAUCAAACCCACUCAAAUUUUCAAAUUUCAAAUUUUAAAUAAACUCACAUUCUGAGAAGCAAAGACGUUUGUAUUACAGUUUAGCUAAUAAUGCUUUUAGUCACAUCACAAAACAUCUAAGACCACACUUGACUCUUGGCUUUUAUGGAAUUACUCUCCAUUUAUACAAAACUAAGCCUAGAGUAUUUGCUCGCUGUAGAACUUUUUUUUAAUGUGUAUGGAAUGAAUUCAAAUUUAUACUAGCAUAAAUCAGAACGAAAGUCUGGCUUAAACUCUCCAUACAAAUAACAGGGGAAUGCUGACAAGCACUGUAGGAAGUUUCAACUAAUGAUACUCCUCAUACGUCCUUUUUACCUCAAAUAAUGAGCUCCAGAAAAUAUUUAUUCUUGAUUCACACUCAUUUACAGUCUUCAAAGAUAAAUGAGUUCACAAAUUCUUUUUCAUACAGUAAAACUUAAGAAAAAUUCCCAAACUUUACAUACAUCAUGUAGACAAUUACCUGACCCUUAAGAAUUUGCAACAUUUAUAAUCUUCAAGAUUAUACGUCUAAUGCAGCUUUGUCUCAGGUGGCAAGUCUGAUUGUCAGUCUCUUGCAUAUACACAAAUAAUAUUUUUAAAUUAUUUUUUACUUUGGGAAAUUCUUUCAAAUCAAAACACAACAAAAAAGUUAUUUCUGUAGUUUAGUACUUUUCAAGAAAAAUGGGACUACAACCAGAUCUGGGAAUCUUGUGCCUCUUCCUGCUCUUUCAUUAAUUUGUUUUAAGGCAGGUUUCUUCAGUUUUGCCUUUGUUCUUCCACAUGCAAAAUGGGAACAAUCUCUACUUGUAUAUGUCACAAGGCACCGUGAGGAUUCACUAAAACUUCUAAAGCUGCAUGUUAAAAAAAACAAAACAACGCUCUUUCAUUGAUGGUUUAAGUUAAUUUAAUUGCAAGCUAGUAUCUCAAAAUUUGAAACCCGAAUGUGUCAUUUAAAGACACAUUUAAAUUAUUCUUAUUAUAUGUAAUGCUUUACAUUUAGCUUAUAUCUAUCUUUACGUGUGAGACAGCCAUUGGUUAAAAAUGAAUAUGGCAAUAGUCCUGUGCACUAUAACUAGCACCCACUACAGUACCACUGCCUCAGCACUCAGUAAGCUGACAAAGGACUGACAGAGCUUGCCAUUUAUCGGUAUGAUGUUUUGUUUGUGUGCACAUGCUGAGCAGCAUCGGGAGCUUCCCCUGGCAGAAGCAGAUCUGUCUCAGACAUAAUUCAGUGUGCUGUGCUUGCCACCUGCUGGAUGCAGCCACAAAUUUGUUUUUCAUCUCAAAAGUUUUUAUGGGAAGGGACAGCAAUAUUUCCCUGCCUCGCGAUGGAUCUAGAGAUCCCUACCUGUGGCAAAACUCCACUAGAAAUGAAAUACAAACUUGUCCAUCUGGGAAGCAGUUAACUUCUUUGACAGAGGCCAAGCAAGCAUUCUCAUCACCUGCUGAUCCCUUUGGUCGCUGACAUCCAGUGUCCCCAACGACCACAAUAGGUAACUCAUUUGCAAAACUUUAAUUGCAUUACUACAAGAGCCAUCCCAAAGAGAAGAAAUAUAUAUAUAUGUAUAAAAAUAAAAAUCAAAGCAUAUUUGCGCAAGUGAUAACUAAGUAUUCAGUCUUUCAACUGAAUUUAUUCAACUCAUUUAUCACCAAGAAGAAGCAGAAUCAGUAGUGACUGUGAACACUAAAACCGACUGUAUUACAGUAGAAAACAGAAGAGAAGCCAUUGCUUAGUGAUUUUGAUCAUUUAAUGCCAGAUCCUACGUUUCUAAGAGACUGUGUAUCCUAGGCUGCUGCUGCCACCUGUGCCUACCUGCGUCAUGGGAAAAAGCACGAGCAUGCACGUUCAGCUGGCUUGCUGCAGGAAAGGCAGGAGGGAUUGCAGCUGGUGUGCUUUGAAGGCAAGACUGACCUUGAAUUGAUAGGCAAAGAAAGUAGAGGGCAAAGCUGCUGUUAAAUUAUGCUGGAAAAUUUUCAUUCUUCUAAGGGGUGGGAAAAUGAUCAUCAGCUAGCAAAUAUAGUGGACCCUAAUUUAGUGUUUCCUUAUUAAAAAAAAAAAAACAAACACACAACACACCACCAAAAAGCCACAACAACAAAAAAGAAGUGGCAAAUCAAUCAAUAGUGAAAAGUAUCCAGAGACAAAACUCUCCAGCAACUGGGCAGCAGCAGAGAGCAAACUCUUUCAGAGCACAGAGUUACUGCAUACAGGCACAUCCUGCAGUUUCAGGCAUCCCCACAAAGCCCCAACCUGAUGAGUCCCCAUUUCCCUCAGCACAACAAGCCACUUCCAUCACACUUCUAGCUGCAAUGAAUGCAGGUGCUGAGAAACACGUUGCUGCUGAGCCUCACGCUCCCCUGCCCACCUGCUUGCAGAAAUACUGUGCUGGAGACCUGCACAUGUGCAGAGCAGCGGUGUGUCAGAGUGCAGGAUCUGGCCACUCUUGUGGACCCUUGGCUGUGUGGUCCCUGGUCCCCUCUGAGGUGCAGGUAGGAGAUGGCCAGAGUAUGCUUUGAUGUAAGAACCUACUCCUUGUCAACAGAAGAGGAGGGAGUAAGAUCUGGCUCUAUGUGAUUUCACCAUCUUUGGGGAACUGUGGGUUGAGCCAUCUUAAUUUAGUAUCAAAAUAAGAACUAGCUAUAUGUAUGCUUAAGAACAAAGUCCCACUAUCUGUUAUUUUAAAAAGAAGUAUCCAAAGUACUUUUCAUUCUCAGGAUGACCAAAAGUAAAAUACUUGACAAACUCUUAGUCCGUCCCUGUUCUCUCCUGGUGUGAGGAACUCAAGGCAGUAUUAAUGGGGACAGCAUAUAGCCAGCCCUAAAUAUAGGGAUCACUACUCCUAGUCUAUCACAAUUAUAUUCUGUUGACAUGUUUGAGUGAAUACUUUCCUUCUGCUGGCAGAAUAAUUACUAAAUCACAUUAUGUUUGACAUAUACAUGCAUAAUAUUUAUUUCUAUUUAUUGCGCAGCAGUGCUUCAUAUGACUCAUGUUUCAUGCUUUGCUCUCUACUUGCUUGCCCAUUAUAUACCCAUCCUAAAUCAUAUAAUAUAAUCUGCACUGAUUAGCCUAAAUUCCAAUAAAUUAUUUACAGGUACAGUAGGGACUAAUUUGGCUUUCGGCUUAACGAUUUCCUCAUGUUUACAUUGUUAAUCAAGAUGUUGCAGAGUAACUACAAGGCCAAAAGUCCUUUACCAGAGCUAUUAUUUAGGUGAUGUUUUGAUUAUCUUCUUGAAACUGUGACAGCAGCAGAGAAUGUAGUAGGAUUCCCAGGUUUUGUUCAGUUUUGCUUGCACAGCUUCAGCAAUGAUUUAUCUUACUGAUCUCCUUUUUAAGUAUACUGAAGUGCAAGUAUUCCCAGGGAGAACUUUGCAAUGGAAAGGAGAAACAAAUACUUGGGAGGAGGCAGAAGGCCUAAAGCAGGGACUUGCUGAUUUUGGAAAUAUUUAGUGUUAAAUGUAAAUACUUAAUUUUAUUUUUGCAACAGAUAAAAAAGAAAAAAAAAAAGAAAAAAAUAACCUAAGAACUAAGUCUUUUAUCUAAGUAGUAGAAACUUCCAGAAAGUUUUUGAGAGGCUCUUUUUAAGUUUCUUAAUAAUGUCCUGCUCAGUUUGAAAAUACCAAGCCAUUCUUACCCCGCUCACAAGGUCAGGGUCUCCAGCUCUGCACUUCUGCAUCACUUUACAGGCUUGGCCAGACCAUCAUCCCACCAGCUUGUGCAAAGUGAUGAGGUUGUCCUAUCAGCCAUCGAGUCCAUUUCAAUGGCGACCUCACUACCAAGGCUGAACUAACAAAUCCUCAAUGUUAAUGGCAGAGCUGUCAAGCUCAUUGUCACUGGUGAGCUCUGCAGAUGUGGCUAGACACUCAAGAAAUAGGUACAGACCACAUUUGAACACAGCAUUGUGCGAUCUUUUUAGUGGACUAGUGCCAUGGCCUGCAGCUUUAAAAGUACUUGGUAAAUUAAGUAGCAAGAACUAGAUUUUACUUUUUUUUAAAAAAUAUUUUUGUGCAGUCAUAUAUUGUGAAGUGGUGAAUGUUAAUGUUUUCUAUUUCAAUAGAAAUAAUUUUAUAUUGUAGAAGUUUACUACUAUUAUAUAAGAACUUUUAUUGUCUGAAGUAUUACUAAAAACAUACACGUCAUCAAUAGAUGUCUUUGUGAAAGCCAUCUCCACCUGCUGUAUUAAUCCACUCAAAGCAGAGAUCUGCUUCUGUAUUAUUGUAGAGAUCUGCUUCUGUAUUAAGUACUACACUGUUAUCAGUAUAUUAUAGCUAUAUACCUUAGACAAUAUCAUCCUUACCAAAGUAUUUCUAUUUAAUGCUGUAAUGUUUUAUACCACCAUUCCUCAUUCCUUUUAAUCCAAAACCUAACCCAGCUACCCCUAAACUCUUGCGAUGAACAGGCUGUGUCUGCAAUUCAUAACGGAAAGGCUACCAGGCUAGCUCCAGAAGUCACAUGUAGAACAGCAGUUCAAUAAUUCACCUGUGUUUCACAGAACUGGUUAAGGUAAUAAAGUUUCCUUGGAGUGGAUACUUAACAAAUUGCUAAUUUUCCUAUGUACAGGUUAGAGUUUAAAGCAGCUUCUAAAAAGUUAAGCCUAAAUUAUACAGACAGAUUCACCCAGAAUAUUGUGAGAAAUAAAAGAUCAAAUUACGUUAUGAAUAAUGGCUCUGAAAAGCCAGGCUCAGGCUGCCUGUAGCUGAGUGUUCAAUGUAAAUAUAUCCACUUAUUUAGAAUAAGCUUUGGUAUUUCUAAGCAGUGCCACAUUGUACAGUGGCUUCAGUGGAAACCAGAAAACGAGAUCAGGUUCCAGCAUAAUAAAAGGGGACUGGUGGGUGGUUUUUUGGUGCUUUGUUUGUUGGGUAUUUUUGCCAAAAGAAUGGUAGAAUGGAUCACAUAUUUCCAUUUCAAAUUUGUAUGAAAAUAAAAUUGAAUUUAAUCUUACAUAUCUCUAGUAAACCCUACUUUAUACUCUGUUUUAUAGCGUCACACCCUGGAAAAAAGUGAAAAACAGUUAAGCUAUACGAUUUCAUAGGUCCAGCCUUUAUCUACUGAAUAACUUACUUAUUUUCUAUGUAUUUUAUUAUUCUUCAGCUUUAUAUAUUGUCAGUGCUGUGAGGCUACAAUCAAGCUACAUGAUGCAGAAGGCAGUAUACAUACACAGAGAGAUAUAUGAUCCCUUGAAGCUUUACAGCCUCAAUCAAAGGGUGAAAAAUUGUUAGAAUAGGGUGGAAGGCAAAAACUGUUGCUGAACAAAUACAAAACUGAGAAGGUAUUUCACCCUGCUGUUAAAUUAAAAAAAAAUCUAAUUUUUUUUUUUUUUUUAAACUCAAGUGAGCCAAAAAGCUUCUCUCUCAUUGAGAAUAAGAAAGCAAAAAAAACUAGAAAAGAAAAUACUGAAAGGUUUUAUGUUAUAGGUGAGGAACAGCCCUGCACAUACACACAGACUUUGAAGCAUCUCCAACUAAUAUUCUCAAGCAAAUGCAAACUCAGCCAUUUUUAUGAAAUUGAAUGGAUAACCAGAAAUGUUUUAGUCAACAGAUGUGUACAAGAUAUUAGCAGCUAAUUUGCCACUAUUGACUUUUCUUUCAGGAAAAAAAAAAAAAGUCAAAUUAUGCAUUAGAAUCCCAUCAGAUAAUUACAUGCCCAGGAAGGGAAGACAACGUACUGCGUAUAGACUUACAUGAGCUUUGCCUACCUAGCCGGAACUCCUCCUCAUGCUCAGUUUAUCACACAAUAUACAGAUACACCAAAAAAAAACCAAACCAGAAACCAAAACAAAAAUAAAAUAAUUUCACAAAAAAAAUAGUGUAAUUAUAGUCGCGCUAUGUAUAUUUAAUUUUGAUGAACAGCUAUGAAAUACUAAAGGAUCUAAACUAAAUUAAUAAAAACAUGUGAAAACAAACUUAAAUAGCUUUUUUAAUCUUUUAUAAGGAUUUAGUUUUGCACUGUAAAAAACCUUUCAAGCAUGAUAAAAAUUUGAAAAGCCAAAGCCCUCUUUCUGUAUAAGAGCACCUACAAAGUUAGGGAAUGUGUACGAUUUGCAGGAUACCUUUCAAAGGCAGGUCGUAAAUAAAGGUACAUGAGAUAUAAUUUCACCUACUAGAGAAUUGUUAAUGUUGAGUCUGGGUUUUGUGAUACAAUUACGCUAGAUAGAAAUGUAAAGAAGCAUGCAGAAAGGCAUACUUUACAUUAUCGACUAGACUGUAGUAUACAGUGCAGUGUAUACAUGCUAAAUCCAGCAAAAUUAUAUUUCUGGUAUUCUUGAAUUUCUAUGCUUAUCUAUGAUAGCUUUCUAUACUGUCAUCUGUAACUUUUACAUGAGAGUAGACAGUAGAUAUGCAAUGCUCUGUUUCAGAAAAGUUUAGCACAUUUUAGACAUGUUUCUGUCUAACAUAACUGCGCAAAAAAGUAAGCGUUUUUCACAGGAACAUCUACAUCAGACUGAUUGUAUUUUGAAAUACUGAAAGUAUUAAACAAUCCA